AAUGUGAAUACGAAAAUUUGAUUAUAUUCUGUUGACUUGGAACUUCAUAAUUUUUUUACUUUACUUUUAUACAGUUUUAGAGAUCUAUCAUUCCGGCGGUUAUUUGAAUGUAUUAAGAAGCCAAAAUCGUUGCAAUCGUGCAGUUGCAACCGUUGAAUAUUGUUGAUCGCCGCCGCCGCCACUGCAAUUUGUAUAUAUCCGCCUUCAUAUAUAUAUAUAAGAAGUUUGAUAUGUGCUUUUUAAUAGUGUAAAAAAUACAGUUCUUGUUACAUGCAAUUUUCAAUUCAGUCGAGAUUUCCAAUUCGAUCGGGAUAGAGUAUAGACAUAAAAAAAUCAAAUUUCAAAUUCGCCGAAAUUGCAUUCUUAGAUGCAACUCGAACGUUUUAGCUGGAGUCUAGUCACUCGGAUGGUACAGCGGAAAACCUAGAAGAAAAAAAAACCUCACAGAAAACAUCCUCGGAUCUAAUCAAAUCGACUGACAAUCUAAAAGUUUAGUAGUUUCAACGAAUUUGAUAUUCCUUGAAGAGAAGUUAGUUGUUCAAAACGUAGAUUUGAUGUGUAAACGGAUGUGCAAUCGAAUGCAAUUUAGAAUAAGAAAUCAACACUAGGGAAACUUAUUCAGCCGGGCUAGUAACAAAUAUGCAAUAAACAAACUAGUUUAGUUGUUACAGAAAAAAGUGAUACUGUACUAAAAGUGUUAUCUGAAUUUUAAUCUGAGAAAAAUAAAAGAUACUAUUCGUGAUUAUAAAAAAACACGUGCAUUGAUUCUACCCGUGAUGAAUUGGAUGAGAUAUUGAUUAAGUGUAUAAUUUCAAACAAAGGAUCAUCUAAAUGUUCACAGAAAGUGAUAUGGACGAGGAUUAUGCAGAUAAAACUCCAAAAAUGGUUGAUACACAACAUUUUUGUCUGCGGUGGAACAACUAUCAGAGCAGCAUAACGUCGGCCUUUGAAAACCUAAGGGACGACGAAGAUUUUGUUGAUGUUACGCUAGCUUGUGAUGGUCGAAGUUUGAAAGCACACAGAGUUGUGCUCUCAGCAUGCAGUCCAUAUUUUCGAGAACUCUUGAAGAGCACGCCGUGUAAACAUCCAGUGAUUGUCCUGCAAGAUGUCUCAUUCCCCGAUUUACACGCCCUGGUUGAAUUCAUCUAUCACGGUGAAGUGAAUGUUCAUCAAAGAUCAUUAAGUUCAUUUUUAAAGACGGCUGAAGUACUUCGAGUGUCUGGUCUAACACAACAACAGGCGGAAGAAACAAAUAGUCAAUUAGCACAAAUUCAAAAUCUUGCAAAUUCUGGUGGACGCACAUCAAUCAAUCAUCAUUCAUUUUCCGACAAAUUACACGAUGAUCCACCACUUUUUCCACAAGGUGCAUCACCACCCCCGCAUCUGAAUAGUUUACAUCCAUCGCUACCCAACUCGUCGGUGAAUCAAUUGCUGAGGCGAGCUGCUGCGGCUGCUGCAUUUCGACGAGAUAGGCAAAAUUCAAAUCAAUCGGACGAUCUAUCAUUGAAACGACAUCGGCCCGAUAAUGGAUUGUCCGGCAAUAACAACAGUCCAGACGUUACAAGUCACAUGCCACAAGUGACCGCAGCAGAUUUUUCAACGAUUAAACACAACAAUAACAAUACACCACCGCUUAAGGACGAUAAGUGUGAGAAAAAUGAUGAUUUCUAUUCAAUUGAAGGAAACGGACAAACAGGUAACGGCAAUGGACUCUCAAAUGUAGAUAAAGAUAGUCUGACACCCUCACCCACAAGCCGAACUGCAGAUGAUGUUAAAUCCGAACCAAUGGAGUUGGUCUGUUCAAAUAAUAAUCCGCAAUCAGAUGAACAUAGUAAUGACUCGACUGGUGAUAUUGACCCGAAUCGAUCAAGUAGUGUUGGAGAUGGAAAAGGUUCUCUGAGUUCGGCUAAUGACGAUGAAAUCGAGAACAGCAUACACUCACAUCCCCCGCCUCCUUUUUUAAUGUCACCGGCCGAUAGUAAAUUAUUUCCAACGCCCGGUUCGUAUAAUUUCUCCAUGGCUGCCCUGACAGAUGCAACACUUCAAGGUUUUAGUUCACAACUUCAAUCCGCUGCUGAAUUAGCUGGAUCACCUCAAGCAGGCCCCCAAAAUGCUGUUGCCUCGGCCAAUACGUCAUCCUCAUCGACAAAUUCUACCUCGUCAACAUCCCCGAUAUCACCGAACUCUUCCGGAUCCGGUCAAUUAUUAGGUGGCGCACCAUCAAGCGGUCGUCUUACCCCCACCUCCAAUCAAUCGCAGCAACAACAGCAGGCAAUCAAUUCACUUGGCGUUACAGGUACAAAUCAUCAUCACCCCCUCCGUAUACCACCACCAACAAGCGGUGGCAUAAAUGAGCCGCAAGAAUGCCCUUAUUGUCGUCGUACGUUUUCAUGUUAUUAUUCAUUAAAGCGACAUUUUCAAGAUAAACACGAGCAAUCGGAUACACUCUAUGUGUGUGAAUUUUGCCAUCGACGAUAUCGCACGAAAAAUUCGUUGACCACACAUAAAAGUUUACAGCACCGAGGGUCGAGUGGUAUGCUAAAACGUCUUUUAAAAACUUCAGCUAUAAAAAAUGUUUUGGGACCACAUCAUCCAAUUACACAUCAACGUCCGCAUUUAUUCGAUUUUGCUUCUGAAUUGGGACAACCGCCACCGGGGAUACAAUAGAAUUUAAGAUGGAAUGCAAUUUUUUAGAGAAAUAUUAUUAAAAUGAGAAAAAAGAAAAGAAAAAAUAUAAAAUAUAUUUCAAUUUUAGUUUUUCCUUUCUUUAAGUUAUUAUUGCCAUAUAAACAUUGAAAAUAAAACUUAAUAAAAAAACAAUUUUCCCAGGAACUAAAGAUGACAUUAUCUAGAAAAACAGAUCAAGAAAUGCUAAAAAGGCUUUUCGGUCGUUUUUAACUUCAUCGUUUCAUAUCUACCUUCGUGAAGAAAUUUUAAUUCACCUUUGAAGUCCACUAAUCACUUGAUCUCCUGAGAUAAUUGGUAAAAUCAAACAAAUCAUAAAUAUGUGGAAACAUAAGUAUGUUCAUAAAUAUUCCGUAUAUGUGUAGCAGAAAGUAGGAGACUACCAGUUUUCUUCAGACCCACAGAAUAUAUGCUGAAAAAAGGGUGUGCCUUUUUAUACUUUUCCAUUUCUUUUUAUUCAUCUGUGCAAAAGAUUUUAAAUUCAUGAAAAGUGUUCUGUUUUACACAAAAACAUAAAAAUGGAAAUGGAGCACAAUAAUUACAAUGAAAAAGUUCAAGUAUCAUAUCAAAAAAUUAAGAAAACAUUUUUGGAAUUGUCUGCAGUGUGGGCAUAAGCCACUGACUCGUCAUGUUAAUCACCCAAUUGAUGACUACCCCUCAACUUCUAUUAUGAAAGGAAUAUGAAGUGACAAUAAAAAAAAGUAUAAAUGAUAAUUUUUUCCACAUAGUCUCCAACUAAAACUGAAGAAAGAAAUCUGCGUGCGGUUGUAUGCAAAGCCUAUAACUAAGCUGAACUAGUUGAACUUGGACUUUUUUUUUCUCAAAGGCAGCUCCGUUACUCAGAGACAAAAGUCCAAACCAAAAAGCAGGAGAACUGAAACAAGUGAUUAGAACCUUCUAACCUAUUUUAGAUUUCUCUUAACUUCACCCCAUUUCUUCUGGCGAACGUGCAAUACAAAUGGCUACAUAGUUUUACUAUUAUUAUUAUCUUUUCCAAUUUUCAAUUUUCUCUUUAAGUAAUUUUAAUUAGAACGCAAAUUAACCUUAGAUGAAAAUUUAGGCUCUGUUUUUAAGCAUUUAUUUAACUUAAUUUUACCAUGUUUUUGUAAAUAAUAAUUUUUGUGGUCUAUUAUAAUCAAAUAAGUAAGGUCAAACACAGCCUAAGUUUAGUGACAAAUAUUACAAGCGGAUGGCACCAUUUUGUUCCAGAAUUGAAGACAAAUGCGUGCUCUUUCACUUAUAUCAUUUUUCUAUUACUUUUUUAAAAGUGUUUUUCUUAUUUUUAUGUUUUUAUUUUUAAUCAGUGUUGGAUAUUUUCAAAAUAUUCUUCACAAACAAGAGAAGAGGGACUUUAAUUCAGUUUAAGAUUUAGCAUUUAGUAUAUAAUAGGGGAUUCUCUAAGUGUCGAUUUUUUCAAACAACGGUGACCAAUAUUUCAAAUAGUCUGCAAUAAAUUAAAUAUACUUUUAGUUGAUUAAUUGAUAGAAAUCAUUCUGUUAUGAUGCGGAUAACAGUGGUAGCGGCUGCGCUCGAGGAAAAGUCUUGUUGCGAUUUCAUCAAGAAUUUCUCAGAAUCGGGCUUCAUUAACUUUGUUUUACAUAUCGCGAAAUUAAAAUAUUGAGUUCACUGAGAAAAUAUAUCUCCAAAUCACUAUAUUCUCUAUUUAGUAGGAAUUUGUUUCGCAUAUUUUACAAUGAUUACAUAUUUGGUAAAAACGCGAUUUUACUGCUUCCCGUAUCUGUGCAAUCUGUAGGCGGUUUGCUAAAUUCAUUCUCGAGCUUACUGAUAAAUGCCAUUGACUCUCUUUUGUUUUUAUUGAAACUCUAAUAUCAGGCGUUUUAACAACAAAUUUUACAAGUAAAAAUUAGAAACACCUGCAUAUCUUUAACUAAUAUCGCCCUUUUUACGAUAGUUUAUUUGGUUUUUUAAUGGAUUUUAUGGGUUAGGCCUUUCAUCUUAAUUGCAAAGCAAAUGAAUAUUUUCUCGCAGUUCAUAUUGGGAUUUUCUUUCCAACACAACCUUGGAAAUCAUUUAAAAUGAGUUUCGUUAAAAACUUUUUUAGCUCAUCAUACAAUUAUCGGAUACAAAUCACCUGUGUCAGUAUAUUUUUUGCCUUGAAUAUUUCUCUAAAAAAUAAUAUUCCACAAAACUUAUACAUAUAUAAAGAGCAUAGAAUGCAAAAAGAUUUUAGGAUUAAUUAGAAUUAUAAAUGAAAUUUUUAAAAUAAAUGAUAUUAAAAAUAAAAUCAUAUUUACGAAAUUUAACAUCUUUUAAAGGAAUAAAGCAUAUAAAACAAGGAAAUUAUGAACAUUUCAAUUCAUGUUACAAAAGAAAAUCGUAAUGUAUGUUCUAUUACAUCAAAAACUAAUAUAUUUCAAGGUUUCAAUGUAAAGCUAAAUAAGGUUUUGUUUUACACAAAGCCUUAAAAACCGAAACUUCAAAACAUCGUCAACACCCACGUAAAGAGAGGAGAAUAGAGAAAUAUUCUAGUAUAUGUAAUAACUGUUAUAUUGAAAAAAGUUCAUCAAAUCAAAAUAAAACAAACAUACAAAAGAAAAGAAGUUAUGUAUACACAAAGCAGUAAAUGUAAUCAUUAUAUAUAUAACAUAAAUCUAUAUAUAUUUAGAACUAAACUUCAAAAAACAUAUUAAUUAACAAACAAAAACAUACAAUGAGCUCAGUGAUUCACCAUUGAAGUACAAAAAAGUUAAGUAAUAUUUUUUAAAAAGAACGACAACAAAUGGUUAUUUCAAAUUCUAAUUGAAUAUAAAUUAAUGAAGGAACAUGGUCAGAUAUACAUGCGUAUAUAUAUGCAGCUAUCGAUACCAAGAAAUCCAUGAAUUACAAAAAAAUCACACAUUUAUCAGAAAAAAUCAUAUUUUUUUGUAAAAAGUUUAUUAAACAGAUCUAUCACGAAAUAUUACGAAAAUUUCAAUUACUUAAGAUUUUUCUACUAAAAAAUUAAUUGACUAGGAUAAUGAAGAACAGAAAUAUAAAAUAGCGUAAUAUUAUGUAAUUUGCAUUUUUUGUGGAAAAUUACAAAAACAAAAUUAGGUGAAAGAAAAUGACAUAGGAAUAUGUACAUCAGUUUUUUUCAUAUGCACAUAUCCAGGCGCUCAGGUAUAAAAUGAAACAAAUAAAAAGGCAGGAAAGUAAAAUUACUUACAUACAUAUAUACAUUAUUUUUUAAAGCAAAGCAGAAAAGAGUAAAAAUAUAUCAAACAAAAAGGCAACUUUAUUGUGUACAUUGUACCUACACAUCAAUUUAAAUGAUAAUAACAAUAAGAAGUACAUCUUUGUAAUUAUAUAUAUUUUAUUUACCUAAAAUACCUUCAUCAGUAAAUAGAAGGGAAAAAUUACGGAGAACAAAUACAGAAUAUGCCAUAAUAAAUAAGAACUACUUUAUGAUUAUGUAAAAUAAGCAUCUGCCGGCAACAAAUAAAUCUUCAAACCAUAAUAUUUGUCAAUAAACAGACACUUUUUACAUAGAAGCAGAAAAGCAUGGAUCAUGAACAUAUUUUACAGCAUCAAAUUUAAUUCUAAAAAAGUCUAUAGAUUCGGUUGUGCCAUAUCAAUUGUCUUUGCUCAUCAACGAAUUGAUUAGUCACUUAUUAGUGGACCAGAUUAAAUUCUUACAGUAGCCCCGUGCGCAUCUUAUACAAGUUUCAGAAGAAAUUAUAAGUAACAGAAAGAGUCCAAAUGGUUAUAACGGGAGUUAGAUUUGGUUGAGAUUAACAUACGUGGUAUCUUCAAAAAUUUCAAUUUGGAAUAAGCUUACUUGUUGUAAUACACGAUUCCUAAAACAUACAUUAGCGAAAAAAUGAAUAUACCAUGGAAAUUUAAUACAAUUUUUCCUGCUGCCAAAUCUCUACAAAAAUACACGAUAGAAUCAUAGAAAUAAAAUAUAUGUAUAUAUAUAUAUAUUAUUUCUUGAAAAUAGAAAUUUUGAAGUAUGUAAAGCCGAUUCAUGUAAAAAUGUCUUUAAUUAACUGGCAAAAUACAAGCAACUCUGCAAAUUUACAAAGCAAAAAUAAUAAUAUAGAAAAAAACACAAAAAAGGAGAAUGUCAAUCAAUAGUAAACUCAAAAUUUAAUAUUGUUUUUUCUUAUUCUUAUAUUCGACAUAAGAAUGUAUAAGGCUCGUUCAUUUUUUAAAUUUUGUUUUUUAACUUCUUUCGGUCUGUGAUUAAUUAUUUUCGGCUAAGACUUACUCUUAUUGAAAAAUAUAAGUAGUUUUCAUAUUUUGAUUUGUAAUCAAAAGCAAGAUAAGAAGGGUAUAUCCAGAAUUCAGAAACAUUUCAUUUAAGCUUUUUUUUAAAAAGAAGGAAAUGUAUUCAAUGUGGAUAUAAUUAUUGGAACUGUAUGAAAACUUGUAUGUGAUAAAAAAAUUGUUUAAGGAAAUUCAAAAUUAUUAUUAUAUUAUA